UUUACUGAUCAUCAGACCGAUCACCUGAUGUCGAGAGGGGCCUAGUAACUACACAAAAACAACAUGGCGGACGAACCCCAUGGAUUUUCCUCUGUUGUCAACAAACAACCAUGAUUUUUGAAGCAAGUCCACUACUUUACUACAUCAUAGUCAAUGGAAUUAUAGCCAUACUAGUGUUCCUUGCGCUAGCGUUGUUCAAUGGCUUCUUAAGGCAGUAUUUACAAUAUCCAAACACAUCGAAGAACAACUUUUGCACAUCGCCCAAAUGUGUUCGCUGCAGAUCAGCUUUCCUGGAGAAGGACACUCUUUUAGAAAAACUAGAGGAAUUUGUUUCCGUUACCAACUCAAAUCCUCAGGCUUUAGACCGUCUUUAUGAAUCUUUAAUAUCAGAUGCAAGUGCUUCUGAUUGUGUUCGACAGAGACCUACUACUUUAGGGCUUCUAGGUCUGACGUCGAUCCCCUGGCACGAUAAUUACGAGUCCGAACUAAAGGACAUUACAGCGGUAGGAAAUCUUGCUAUCAUCAAAGAGGAGGUUUCUAAAAUUUCUAGUGAGUUAUCAAGAGGUUGGGUUAGAAAUACGUCUCCUUCUGGCAGCUGGUAUGUUUUCCAUCUUUACAAUCAAGGGGAAAAAUUAGAAUGGAAUUGUAAACAGUGUCCAAGGACUGUGGAACUCAUUGAAAGUAUUGCACCAUUUAUGAAGGGCUGUGCAUUUGGAAAUGCUAUGGUUUCAAUGGUAUUGCCAGGAACACAUAUAACACCUCACUAUGGUCCUACAAACUGUAGGAUUAGGUGUCAUGUUCCCUUAAAGAUACCCGAUGGGUGUCUAAUAUGUGUCGACCAGGAAGAAAAGACAUGGACAGAAGGAAAACCAAUGUUGUUUGACGACUCUUAUUUACAUGAAGUAUGGCACCAAGGACAGACUGGCAACAGAAUUGUACUCAUGUUAGAUUUAUGGCACCCAGAGGUGACAAAUAUUGAAAGACGGGCAAUAAGUUAUUUGUUUUCAAAACUAAAUGGGAAUGUCUCAACACACAUGUAGGGUCUUAUAAGACCAAAGCACUACUCUUGAGUAUUCCUCUGUGGUUUUGACAGACUUUUCUCCUUUAUUUCUUUAUAUAUGAGGCUUUUUAUUGAGAAAAGUCCCCAUAGUAGUUUAUGACUAUUUUCUUGCAAAAAAUAACAAUUAUUAAUGAUAAAUCUAAAAGUUCAAUUAUGACCUACAAUUUUAUGAAAUUUGAUAAUUCAGCUUAAAUAAUGAAUGCGAUAUCUGCUAUAUUUUGUAAUCAUGAAUCACUAUUUCCGAAUUUAUAAAAAGAAAGGAGAAUCCA